CCUCUGACCGACUAACGAAUGGGAUCAAGUUCCUCUUCAGUUUCUCUGUCAUUAGUUGCAUGUUGUCUCUCUGCCUCAAAACUUGUAUAAACAUGGAUAUGUCGCUGUUGACUUUGACUCAGCCGUUGGUUUGACUGUUUCCACAACCUGCUUCUCUUCUUCCACUACCUUCCUCGGGUGAAAGCGCUCUCACUUCCCGGGACAUUGGUGUGAGGCUGUGCCCGGCAGACAGAGCAGAGAUGUCGGGGAGCGGCGGUUCGAUUGACGGUCUCCUCUCUUAUGAAACGCUGGUUCAUGCCAUGGCAGGUGCAGCGGGGAGUGUGACCGCCAUGACCGUCUUUUUUCCUUUGGACACGGCCAAAAGCCGACUGCAGGUGGAUGAGAAGCGAAAGGCAAAGACCACACCCGUCAUCCUGGCUGAAAUAGUGAAAGAAGAAGGCCUUCAGUCUCUGUACAGAGGCUGGUUCCCGGUCAUCUCCAGCCUUUGCUGCUCCAACUUUGUCUACUUCUACACCUUCAACACGCUGAAGAAGCUGAUGGCUGCUGGUCCAGGAAAGUCCGGACCUGGCAAAGACCUGCUCAUGGGGAUCGUAGCAGGAGUGGUGAACGUGGUCCUGACCACUCCCAUGUGGGUGGUCAACACUCGACUGAAGCUGCAAGGGGUGAAGUUCCGAAAUGAAGAUCUCCACCAGACGCACUACAGGGGCAUAUUUGAUGCUUUCUCACAGAUCAUUUCCAACGAGGGAGUACGAACUCUGUGGAACGGCACUCUGCCCUCGCUCAUCCUCGUCCUCAACCCGGCUGUACAGUUCAUGUUCUACGAAGCCAUGAAGAGGAAAGCGGGCAAAGGAGGGAGGAAGAUCUCCUCAGCACAGAUCUUUCUCAUCGGAGCUAUCGCCAAGGCCGUUGCCACGACAGCGACGUAUCCUCUUCAGACCAUUCAAGCCAUCCUGAGGUUCGGUCAGUACAAAGGCGACGGAGAGGGCGGCGUGACUGGAAGCCUCUCAAACAUUUUCUCCAUGUUCAUGGAGAGGGUUAAGAGGAAUGGUGUCCUCGGUUUGUACAAAGGCCUGGAGGCCAAGCUGCUGCAGACGGUGCUGACGGCCGCCCUCAUGUUUGUCGUGUACGAGAAGAUCACUGCGGCUACGUUCAAAGUCAUGGGUCUAAGUAAGAAAUUGAAGCAGUGAACACGCACCUAUUCCAGCACCAGUGCAGGAUUAAUGCAUUUGUUCAUCGAGCUUUCUUAACGCAGGCAUGUAAAAUGUAAAAAAAAAAAAAAAGGGAUGGAAUCAAUGCCUUUAAUGCUACAUACCUCUCUUUCUCUCCCUCUGUCUCAUUUUUUAACAUUUAACUUGGCUCCACUUGUGCAGACUCACCUUGAUUAUAUCUCCCAGCAUCGUGUUCUCACAGGAGCUGAAAUUGUCAAUUGUAGCUUUUCAACUUUUGAUGCCUGAACCACAUACUUGCUGAGAAUGUCUGUAAUUCCUGACAUGGACCAGUCUGUGUGUCUGCUAAACCUUUACAGGAGAAGCAGUGCUGCUAAUAACUUUAACUUUAAUUUGCACAAUUUUACAGAGAUUAAUUCACCUAUGAUUGUAAUAAGUAGAUAAACAUUCUGCCUCAUGUGCCAUUACAUGUUUUGUAAAGAAAACUUUUGGAAAGAGUUGCCUGUUAAGCUGAACGCCACUCUUGACUCGGUCCACACCUUGUUAUUAACGUCUGUCCUGAGUGAUCCUAUCAAUCAAACAUGUCAUUCAAAUGAGAAUGACAAUUAGAUAUUUAUAUAAAAUUGUUCAGCCCUAAUUUAAAUAAAGGGCGGGGAAGCCCAAAUCCGAUCACAGGUGGUCACAAGAGACGCAUUUUAAUGUCAGGCACGUACGCUGUCUGCAUAUAAUAGGAUUAGUGAGAACAGAUGUUAUGGGGGGCCUUAAAAUCCCAAGGUUUUCCUCCACAUCAUUUGGUGCUUCAAAAUGUGACACAUCCACUUCCAAUAACCACUCAUUUUAGUUUUUGCAUUCAGUACAUCAAGCAUAAGAAAACCUCAGGAAAGAAGCAACAAUUACUUUCAUCAUCAAUGCAUCUGACAGUGGAUUGCUUCAAUGACUGGUCAGUUUACAUUAUGUAAUAGGAUAAAGUGGGAAAAGCUGCAUAAUUAUAUAUAUAUAUACAUAUAUCUAUAUAUAUUAUGUAUCUAUAUAUAUUUUGGAUCAUUUUCUGCUAGAUAAAGGUUCAGUUCCAGAUUCACCUGAGCAUUACCAUAUGACACCUAUCAAAAUAUGAAUGACUCUGUAUCCUAUCACGAGCGUCAGCAAGUCAAUGCAUAGAUUUUUCUCUUCACAUGUUAUAUAUGUUAGAAAAAUAGUGGUUCAGUGGCCACAUCAUUGUACCUUCAAGGCCAAGUAAAUGAAGUCAAACUACUUUGUUAUACUUGUUGUUUCACAGAAAACAAGGGAAACAAUCACAUUUGUUUUUUUAUAAAGUGUCAAAACCAAAUCGGUUAAUUUUCUGACAUAUUUGAUUACUUUUCGUUACAGUUGUAGAGAACUGUUUGGUUUCUGUGGGGGCGUUACUAAAACUGCAUAUCAGCGACAUACACUGCAACUCUCUUGUUUAGUUCAAGUACAACAAAUGUCAACAUAAAAAAUACUGGAGACACUCCAGGGAUUUUUGGGGUGUGAACCAAGAAAAUAGUCUGGUUUAUAACCCUAUUUAAAUUCGCAAUAACUCAUUAUCUGCAAAUGUACCUGUGGAUUCUGUGAUUUCUUUUUUUUUGUGCCUCAUUCUCUCGGCAAGGAAGCGAUCUUAAAGGAUGUGACCAACAAGGCACACACUCAUGUGUAGCCUUUAUUUUUUUCACUGGAUCAUUCCUCAUACACUCCGUCUUCCAGUUAACUGUGCUAUUAAUUUGAUUUGAUGUUUUUUGCAAGAUAACAAAUGAAAUGUGAAAUUACCGUUAGGUGAUGUAAUGUAAACAAUGGGAUCAUUUGAAUUGAAUGUGUGUGUAAAAUCUGUAUUUUUUUUCCAGGAUAAAAAUGUUUGUUUUAACGAUUAUAUUAAGGUUAAUAUAAAUGUAACUAGGAAUGAUACUGCAGUAAGUGUCUUAAUGGCAUCACAAAAACAGUACAGUACAGUCUGUUGUUUUCAUCAUUGUACUGGUCAGUAUUUUUCCUCACUGGUGUCUACCAUUGUUUAUCUCAUUGUCCCAUUAAUAGUGAAAAGUAGUCAGGACUUGUUUUAUUUAACAGUACUUGUUGAUCACUGUCCUCUUUCUGAGUCAGUGAGUGGAUGUUUACUCAGCCACAGUUGAUCCACUAGUGCUGCUGCUGUGGUCUCAUCAUUUUUUUGUUAAUGUGGUUGGUGUACGUGUUUGAUUCAUUACGAGAGGUGCUUUAAACAUCACGUGUAGGCGAUACACAGUCUUUUUGACUCUUUAUUGUAUUAAUCAGUGACAUUGCUGCAAAAAUUUACCAAAAACUUACAUGAUUUGUUUUCUAGAUUUAAAAUCCUCUGCCAUUAAAUGAGCCUGGGUUUGACUCAAGUAUCUCCUGACAACUGUACAGCCACUAAAAGAUAAAAUGUAAAGUGUAAUGUUCCUUUUUCUAAUUCAGUUCAUCAACUAAAACCUUCCCUAACCUCUGUUUCUAUUACAAGAUAUGAACGGUCUGUAUUUUUAUGCGUGGAGAGCAGACUGUGAACAGAUCUGUGACGCGUCUUGAGGCGUUGUGAAGUUGUGAAUGAGAAGUCACUGUCAUCGCUUUCAUGUUUUGUCUUCACAUUUUACAUGGAAAUACUUUGUAACUGCUGAUGCAGCACUUACUUGAAGUCAUCUUCCAUUUAUGUACAUUACAUUUUUAAUCUAUUUCUAACGUUGUUAAAAUCGACAUAUUACGGAGCCCCGGUCAUGAACAAAAAAACCUCUAAUUUGUGGAAAUAAUAGUACUAUUAUUAGUCCCAUGAAUCUCCUUGAGAGCUGCGUAAGCAAAAAGGGUGGACUGAAGCUGCAUGAUGGACGGAGAUAGUGUUGAUUGAGUUUUACUUUAGUUUGGGAAUGAGUUACAAAAAUAUUCACAAAAGCCUAACAUUGGAAGGAAUCAUUAUUACCAAAUUAUUACACAAAUGAGUAUUUUGUGCGCACGUUAUUCCUAUUUCGUAGUCAUGUCUGGGGCUCCAUAACCUAUCACUGUUUGGGGGGUGGAUUUAAAUUCAUUUAAUAACCAGGGAAUAAAAAAGUUUGAGAAACUA